AUGAAGUUCGAUGAUCUGCUGAUACACUUGGGCGAGUUCGGAUCUUACCAGAAACGUCAGUACUUGCUGGUGUGUUUGCCAAAAAUCUUCACCGGGUUCCAGAUGGUUAUCUCCGUGUUCAUUGCUGGAGUGCCGUUUCACAGAGGCCUUAUACCUGGAUGGGAGAACGAUACUUACGCUAUACAAAGUGAAAGACAUCAACUUUAUAUUAACGCUUCAAUUCCGAUAGUUGUCGAAUCAACAGGGUCGUCUUAUAGCCAAUGUGAUCGCUAUGUUCGAGAAGGAGGCGAGCCAUUGGUCGAAUCGAAUGGUAGUGUUCUUGACCUCAACACAAGAGAGUGUGAACAAUGGGUUUAUGAUCAAUCCAUAUUUCAGACGACCAUCGUAACCCAGAUGGAUCUGGUUUGUGAUAAGAAAUCUUACAGAUCGCGUGCGCAAAUGGCCUUUAUGGGCGGCGUUCUCGUCGGUUCGGUUGUGUUCGGAAUACUCGCUGAUGUACUUGGCCGCAAAACCUGCAUCCAUAUUGCCCUAACCCUACAGACGACCAGUGGAUUGGCCGCGGCCUUUGCUCUGGAGUAUUACAGCUUUUGUGUCCUUAGACUCAUGAAUGGCACCUCAAACGCAGGACUGAUGAUUAACUCUGUGUUUACCGAAAUCUUGGGACCAUCCAAACGACGGUGGGCCAGUAUUCUCAUCAUGUACUUCUUCACAUUUGGCUACAUCAUGCUAGCUGGACUGGCAUAUUUGAUCCGAAACUGGCAGUACUUGGAAAUCGCUUGCUCAGCUCCUGGAGCCGGGUUUCUCACAUACUGGUUCAUCCUCCCAGAAUCUCCCAGAUGGCUCAUCGCCAAAGGAAAGAAGGAAAAAGCCAAAAAUAUUCUGAUGAAGAUAGCCAAAGCAAACAAAGUCCCUCUAAAUGAGAAAAUGCUAGAUGAUGUAACGUUGGAAAAUGUGAAACAAACGGAAAGGAUGGUUGUCAGCAUGAUGUACUAUGGCUUGUCCCUGAAAAGUGGCAAUCUUAACGGGGAUAUCCACAUCAACUUCUUAUCUGGCUUGGUGGAAAUCCCCGCCUACAGCUGUCUUGUAUGGGCCCUGAAUCGACUAGGACGUCGUUCUCUGCACUCCUCUAUGAUGACUGUGGCACAACAAUGGAUCACCAUUACUUUAGCCAUGAUUGGGAAGUUCUCUGCAACCGCCGCUUUCAGCACUGUGUACGUGGUGACCUCGGAAAUUUUCCCGACCGUCAUCCGGAAUGCCGCAAUGGGGGGAAGAUCUAUGUGUGCACGGAUUGGCGGAAUGGUGGCCCCCUAUAUUGCUGACUUGGGUGACUACGUGGGCGGAGAGAUGGGCCAAGCGGUACCUCUAGUCACUUUUGGUGUGUCGGCUAUAGUUGCCGGAUGUUUGUCCUUAUUUCUACUAGAAACCUUCAACCGGAAGCUGCCAGAAACCAUCGAGGAUGGGAUUAACUUCGCGAGGUAG